AUGCUGGUCCAUUGUCUGACUGUGCCCACGUGUGCAACCCGUAUAGGGAGAGGGAAAGAAAUAGAAAGAGAGGUGUGGGGUGGGGUGGUGUUGAUGGUUCUUGAACGUGAAGCUGAAGAGAAGAAGAAAAUGGAACCACCCCAGGCGUUUCUUCAGAGGAAAGCUCUUGUGUUGAUGGUCCUACAAACAAUACGAACGCAGGGAAGAUCAGAUUGCAAUUACCAAAUGUUGGCGAUUGUAGUAGCGAAUGUGAAGCACUGGCGGAGGCUUACUGAAGGAGAGAAAAAGGGAUUCCUUGUCAUUCACAGGAAGCUAUAG